GCUAAUUGUCUUUCAGGAAAUGGAGGAUAAGGUGAUCAGCCCAGAAAAAGUGGAAGAAGCAAAAUUGAAAGCAAGAUAUCCGCAUCUGGGCCAGAAGCCAGGAGGCUCAGACUUCUUGAGGAAGAGGCUUCAAAAAGGACAAAAAUACUUCGAUUCUGGUGAUUACAACAUGGCUAAAGCAAAGAUGAAGAAUAAGCAACUGCCUACUGCAGCUCCUGACAAGACAGAAGUCACUGGUGACCAUAUUCCUACUCCACAGGAUCUUCCACAGCGGAAACCGUCUCUUGUUGCUAGCAAGCUGGCUGGCUGACGAGAACAGCUGAACUGCAUGAUUAUUCUCAUUCCUGUUAUUUCUUCUUAAUAGUUAUUUCUCACCCUCACAUCCCCCUUUUUCUUUCUUACACUAAGUCAUGAGACUGACAGCUUUGCAGGUAGCGAUAGCAUGUGCUGCUAUUGUAAGGGAGUACUGUUAAGAGUAAAACGUGUAGUAUUUGGACUAGUUGAGAAAAAUGCACUGAUUAAAAAGGACAAGUUUGGUUAGA